AUGUUGUUACCUGGAAGAUGGCUGCUGUUCCAACAGCCACAUCAUGAUGCCCAGAAAAAAUGGAGAAAGAGAGGAAAAGAGAGAUAAGCAAUUCUGCCAAGAUUUCCAUCUAAGCAGCAUAUAGGAGCAGAGGAUCCAGGAGCCAUCCCUUUCUGGGGGAACCAUCCCUGCUUGGGGAGCCAUCCCUUCCUGGGGGAACCAGCCCUUCCUGAAUCCCCAAUCAGCUAUGGACAGAGACUACAUUGUGAGGGUCCGAGCAGUGGUGAUGUGCAGAGACGAUUCUAGUGGGGGCUGGGUUCCUAUGGGAGGAGGUGGUCUCAGCCACGUCAUGAUUUGCAAAGUACGGCGGCCAGAGACAUCCCACCAACGAGAUUACCUCAUCCGUGGGGAAAGACUGAGGGAUCAGACAACCAUUCUGGAGUGUGUAUUAAAGAAGGGUUUGGUGUACAACAAGGCCAAUCCAAUCUUCCACCACUGGAAGGUAGAGGAGAGCAAGUUUGGUUUGACAUUCCAGAGCCCAGCGGAUGCAGUCACAUUUGAAAGAAGUGUACAGGCUGCAAUGGAGGAACUGGCAGAAGGAUCCCUUUCACAUUCGUCAUCCUCAUCAUCAUCUUCCUCCUCUACACGAGAAGAAGCAGAAGCUUUGGAAGAUGCCUUGCCUCUACAUACAGAUAGUGAGUCCUCCUCUAACAGCCGUAAGGAGAUGCUACCAAAACAUAUUACCAUUGUUACUAGUGAGUCCUCAUCCAGCUGCUAUGUGAGAUCCCCUGUGUCUGAGGAUUUUGGGUUCAGCACUGGUCCAUCAGUCAGCCCUACAACACAGUCCCAGCCACUACAGAGACUGUCUUUCCAUGAUGAAGAGGAACUGGAGAGCAUCAACCCAUGUAAGGACCUUUGGGUAUCAAAAGGUUAUGAAGAUUACCGUCGUGCGGCCUUGCAGCGGACUGAACAGCCCAAGUCUGAUCUGAGAGUUCACUUUCAAAAAGCCAGUGGCAGUAAAGCUAAAGAAAGACACUUUCCCGGAGCCACAGGCACAACAUUAACAGAAAGUGAGGGGCCUCUGAAAGACCCUAGUGCCUCUCCUUCCUGUCGAAUACAUGGUACUCCUUCUCCUAAAUCUAAGGAACAUGCUAAUGUCCUUGGAGAGGAUGACACAGCCACUGCCCGCUGUGUUUACUGCAGGGACGUAUUUACCAGUGAGGAGAAUGGCAGAGGGCAGUGCCAAGAUGCUCCUGACCCUAUCGGGCGUUGUGUCUACCAGCUGUCUUGCAUGUGGUGCGCUGAGAGCCUUCUGUACCACUGCAUGUCAGACUCAGAAGGAGAAUAUUCGGACCCUUGCUCCUGUGAUCCAGGGCACCCCCAUUUUUGUGUACGUUGGGCUGCCCUGGUGGCCUUGUCUCUUGUAGUUCCCUGCAUGUGCUGCUACCUCCCAUUGCGGGCGUGCCAUUGGUGCGGAGAACAUUGUGGUUGUUGUGGGGGAAAGCACAAAGCAGUGCGGUGAGAGGAGGAGAACUAGGAGGAAGGAGAAAAGUAAAAUGUUUAACCUGUGGCAUCUGAGUAGCCACUUUCUAUUUACAUGGCAGAAAAUGCGUAAGCCUUCAGGUGGUAGAAGUGGCCACGGAAAUACGUGUAUUCUUUUGGAGGGGAUGUGGUCGCUGCAGCAAUGGCCUACCAAAAAUGGGAAAGGGAAAUUGUAUUAGAAAAUUUGUAAGUUGAACAACAGUCUUUCAAUGUGAGCAAAUGCAAAAUCUUUACUGUGAGAGAGUUAUGUCCCACCUAGAACCCUACUGAGAUAAGGAUAGUGAUCUGAAUCAGUAAGUGUUAUACAAUAUAUACAUGAAAGUGAGAAAUAUUUCUUGACUGAUGGAAACAUCAAAGGGUCCUAUGUCAUUUUAUGGACUUUAAAAUUCUCACUAAAGUGUCUGUGAUCUUACCAACUUAAAACAUAUAUUCCAUAAAAUAUCAUGGUAUGGUCAAAUGAGUCUGACUGCACAGAUUUGUCAUAACUUAGAGCAGCAUUCAUCAGAUAUGCCAUCUGGCUGCUGCUGCACUAAAGGAUGAUAGUAGCUGUAUUUCAACAGGUGAAACCCGCAGGUCAAAGGUCCCUGUCUGUCCAACUUAUCCCUUUUGAGCAGGAAAACUUAUGAAAAGUACCAAAUGUCAAGCUGCAUACACUUAACCACACUGAUGCAUUUUGCAUUUUUCAUAAGCCUUCUACUUAGAGAAAUGCUCUGCAAACCCUGGUCUUAACUGAUCUAGCUUGUCCAUGUGUAUGUAGGAGAAAACCAGGUCACUUCCAAUUCCACAAGAACAUUGUUAGAAUGAAAUAUAUGAGGUUACAUUUCUUUACAUGUUUUUAUGCUUGUGCAUCAAAAAUGUAACCGCUUUUUAUUGCACUGAUUGGAUUCCUUAUGGAUCCCCCAUGAAUAGGAUACACAUAAUAAAUUAUUUCUCUAUCGUG